AUGGAUUUUACUCAAAUUUUGCCUUCAGAAGUAACAAUUGAUCUCUUCAAAAAUUUAGACGCAAAAAAUUUAUGUAGUUUAUCACUAGUUUCACGUAAUUGGAAUAUUUUAGUCUCUGAUAAUCAUUUAUGGACCGAGAUUGCUUUAAAACGAUGGGAGAAUAAACAAGGAAUGAAAGAAAUAUGCACAGACACUCAUUCUUUAUGGUAUCUAAAACCCGGUACUUGGAAGAAGGCUUAUAUUUUGGUGGAGAAAGAAGCUCAUCGGACCAGGUUGGAAAUGGAAGAUUUGUGCGAGACUACUUGGAUUUUUAAGUUUAAUAAUGCGCUAGCAUUUCAUGCUGGAUCACCGAAAUUCUUACGAAAUGGCAGAUACAUUCACGAGGGAAUGAUGGAUGGUACACUUCCUUGGAAAUUCACAAAUGGUUGUGUGCGCGUAUCACAAUUCCCACAUCUCAGUCCAUCACGACCAGAUCCAACAGAUCAUAAAUCCGAUUGGGGUCUAAAAUUAAAAAAUGUAUACGUCACUUUUAGUUCUGUCGAUCAUACGGGAUUUCAACGACGAUUAAGGGAGUUUAAUUGUGAAUUGGCAUUGGAACUUGGCAUUGAUUAUCCAACGGAGGCAGGUCUUCAGAACAUUACUUAA